CCCCGGGACUGGUGGUCGAGCAGGGUCUCUUGGCCCCGCCCACCCUGGCUCUGGUAUUUCCCUUGUGGGCGGGGCUGUCGGGCACAUCGAGUCCUCUGUUCCCCUGAUCUGUCAAAACACAAAGCAGCCUACAUCAGAGGAAGGACCUACCGUUAAAGUACAACGAGUUUAUUAAAAGUCGGAGCUUUGGUGUCCCGGAGACUCGGAGAGGGCGACGCGGUGACGCCUUACCAGUUAGCUUCUGGUGGCUGGACUGGUUCAGUGGGAAGCAGACCACUCUAAGGCUGUCAACACAGGGGCUAAUCUGAAGAAGAAGAAGAAGAAGUGGUCCUCCUCCUCCCCUUCGUCACCCGCUCUCGGACGCCAUGGCUCUGUUCUUCUCCAGGGCCGUCACCAGUUCUCCAAUCAAACAGCGGCCCUCGCAGGCCGACCAAUCAUUUCAGAGCCUGGACCUGUCGCUCCUCUCUGACGACUCCUCCUUCUCCUGCUACUCCUCCAACCCGGCGGGCGGCUCCCCCUGCUCCUGCCGCCGCUCCCGCCGCCUGCUCACCAACGGCUACUACGUCCUGGGGGAGGACAGCGUGGUCUGGGACGACCAGGGCAACGUCUCCCUCACCCCCUCCAAGACCAACGUGUCCUACAAGGAGAACCUGGUCAGAGUGUUCCGGCGUAAGCGACGUUCCCGGCGCUCGCUAGCUAGCCUGCUCAGCGGCGUGACGGAGACGUGUCAGACGUGGCUCGACGAGAAGGUGUUCGGGGGCGUGUUCACAAGCGCCGUCGACGCCGACGCCGACGAACCGACCCGGAUGGAGCUCAGCACGCCAGAACCUGAGAGCACCUUCAGUUUUACCUACGACCACAGCGAGAUCAUCUCCCCUCCACAGAAGGAGGCCCCUCCCCCCCGGAUCCUCUUCCAGGAGGAGAUCUGCACUGAGACCUGUCACUCACAUGAGCAGUUCACCCAAUCACUGGGUGGCCUGUCCGAAGUCCCGCCUACCCCUCUGGUCUUUCACAGUAACAGCUGCUGUUCCUCCCCAGAAAGACAGACAGGUUCAUCGACGAUGAAGUCCUUGCUCAGCUUCCUCUUCACCUUCUUCAUCUGCGCCUCCCUCCUCUCCUGGUCGCUGCUGUGGGCAGCAGCAUCUGCUGCGCUCAUCACCAUCCUGGCCUUCAUGCUCUUCAGUAAGACGGGACCGAUGGGUGGAUGGAGGACAGCCAAGACAGAGGAUAUCACGUCGAAGAAUGAGUAGACACGGGCGUCGUCCACGGCAACCCCCCCCCCCCCCCUGGUUUCCUGGAACACACACACAUACUCAAAUGCACAUACACACACAUUGAUGCAACUAUCUAUGGAGCAUUCAAGUAAAAACAGGGAUUGGAGUUAAUGUGGGAGGUACAAGAUUUAGAGUAUUUUAUUAUAUGUUUGAAUGAAUUAUCUGCAUGUGAGUUGCACCUAAAAGAAUGACGGCGAGCUCCGUAAGGACUUCAGAUGGUUAUCUAUGAAUUAAAACAUAUUUAUUAAAAAAUAAAUAUAAAGAUUGUUGCCCCUAAAAUAGGGGCCUUAUAAACAAAAGGCUGUUCUUCGAAUAUGGCCGACAAUUGACUCUUGAGACUAUUUGUUUGUUAAACUUUGACCUCGCUAGUCUCACUCGAUAACAAAAAGUCACCAGAACUUGCAGAGCUCGCAGUGCUUCAGAUAAGAUGAUGUAACUCUUUUUUUACUGUACUUUUUAAAAGUCGUACAUUAUAUUCUAUUUGUAGAUUAGCUUGGCCUUUUUGGGGGCUUUUCAAAGUGACCAAUUCUUUCAGGAUUAUAUUGCCCUGAAUGAAAGAAAAAUAUAAACCUAAUCCUCAACAGAAUCAGGUCCAGAUGUUGAUGAAGCAUUGAAUAGUUACUACUAAGUAUUUUCUACUUAGUGUUCAGUAUUGGCUGAGAGAGCCAGUACCCAUAUAACUUCAACUACCUGUAAACAUUACCUGUCUAAGGUUAACGUGCCAUAUUUUUCCUGCGAAAAAUAGGAAUGAGGAGUUUUGUUCCAAAAUAAAAUAAACAUCAUUCUUGUGCCUAAAAUUGGGACUGUUAUCGGAAAUAGCAGUUUUCCGCAAGUAGCUCUCUGAAAACGGUAAUAAAUGAGCUUGACUUUUUUACUAGCUCUCGCUAACAACAACUAUAUCCAAUGGUGAGAUAUUGUUUGUUUUUGUAUAUUAUGUUUUGUAACAAAACUCUUCAGCUUUCUAAGUGCCUUUGUUCACGAUAGCCAAUAGGAUUCCCUAGACUGCAUUGUGGAUUGACUCGAAGCCAAUCUGAAUAGACAGCAAUAACACUCUCUAUAUAUAUAUAUAUCUCUUAAAAGGAGACUUUUUAAAAUGAAAUGUGUCCUAACAUUCAGGCCAGGGCGUCUCUAGUUCUAAAAUAAUCUAGGGCGUUUAAUUUACCCCUCCUGGUGUCCCAGGAGGGCGGGUGUUAAUGCCUCAGAAUAGGUUCCAAGGACAAACAUACCUGCGGACAACACCUGUCCACAUUAAGUCCUCCAUCGGCUGGAAGAACAUUGAGGGGACAGUGCCUUCAGAGAUGCGCGUUCUGCCCUGUAGGAUUCAAACCCCAACCCUACAGGUUUCUGCCAGCCUGAUGAAACCAAGAAAAUUGUAUCAUGGGGGUGAUAUCCAGCUAGUUAACUAGUUUAUUGUGACAUACUGUCAAUCGUUAAUGGCACCAAUUUGACCACAAGCUAUUUCUUAAUAAAUUUAGUGAUGUCACAAGUAGGAAAUGUCAACCCAAUUGAAUAAUGGAUGGAUCAGCCUACCAGUUUUGGAGCAGUCCACUGAGUAGGCUGGUAGGUUGAGCUUCUUUUGGCUAAUCACCAUGACAGCUGGUGGGGAACAGACCUGUCAUUAAGAAGGUGAUGAGAGUCAGCUGUUAAUGCUGCUGGAACUUACUCGUUGAACCCCGGUCUGCCAAAGUAGGUGACUGCUUGAUUCCCUUCUGAAAGAUUUAUAUUUAUAUAUUCUUCACUAUAUAUUGAACCAGCGAUAACUAAACGUAAGGCACCUCUGGUAGACAUAAACUGUGAGCUGUUUAGUGACUGGGUAGAUCGAGAGGAACUCGGAUCCGCCAGCAUUUUUUGUAAAAAGGCACAUUUUAAUGCUGUUUGUCCGCAAAAGAUUAAGUAUCCCGAUAAACAAAUUGUUUUUCGUCAGGAAAAAUUGCGUGAAAGGUGAAUUGAGCGUAAGGGGAAUCGGGUUCAGAAGGAAUUUCAACCUUUAAUCAUGUCGGGGCCUCAGAUUACACCAGGCUUAGUAGGAUGUUCGACCGAGGAAGGGGUGAAGUGUGCCAUCAGUCACUGAAGGCACAGCUCACUCCUUUCUUUAUAUACUGUAAGGUUUUAUACUGUAAUGUCGGGGGUGUAUGUUAUUGGUCUGCCUCUGGUUCGUUCAGACACAACCAGUUAUGGUGUGGGUUAGAUCUAGAUUUGAUCCGGUUCAUCUGUGUUUUGAACCAGAUUACAUUCCUGUUGAAGAAUGUUGCGAUCGUAUUGAGUCUUCUCAAAGUGCCACCUUUCAUGGUGAACGGAUUCAACGUUAAUGAAAUGGCUUUGUGAUCGAUGAGCCUCACCUCAUCACCACAGCCGACCCAGUGAAUCUCUGGAGGAGAAUUGAGAAAACGAGCGCUCUGCAUUUGAAACGGGCCAUGAUUCAUAUGCGCACAUUUGGGAUUCAUAGGGGCUGGAUAAGGGCUACUAGGCCUACUGCGAAUGCAUGCCCGAAGGAUAAUAUAAAAAAUAUAAAGUGGAUGUUUUUCAAACCUGAUGCAAUGUUUUUAUAUGCAUUUGUGACUUAAGUGUUUUUGGUAUCUGUAUCUAUCUCUUUAUCUGAUAUUUCUAGAUAAUUUCAGAAUUGCCUUCACUUUUAUAGAAAUGCGAUGAUGUCCUUAAAGUCCAUAGGAACAGCUUGAGUUUGCAAGGGAGUCAAAAUAACUUAAUCUCCAAAUCUAAAUGUUUUGGAUGCCCUGGGUGCCGAUUGAUCCUCCAGGCCACAGGAGCUGGCUGAUCAGUCAUGAGCCGUUCAAAUACUGUCCACUUGUGACAUCAUUAGUGGCCUAAUGCACUCCUCUACUAGUGGGAGGGGCUAAGAGAAAUUUAGCUCAUGAGAAAUGUCGUUUUUAUAGCUUAUCGAUCCUGGAAACCGCUCCUCGUAUGGGCUUUAAGUGACUCGUACAUAUAAGCUUUAGCCUCUUUAGGCCAACAAUGUGAUAUAUUUACUGUUCAAGGAAACAGUGUACAAUUGACAAAUUUCAUUCUUUUGUUUUGGCUCCCAAAGAUGGAAAUGUGGUACUUGUUGUACUGCUUGUGGAAGCACUUUUUUAAAUUAUUUUAGAGGUUACAACUACCCUUUAUAUAAAUGUGUGUCUAUUCUUAAGCACUUUUAGCACUAUAAUGUUAAGUUCCGAAUAUACUUUUUUGUAUUCCAUACUUAAAACGAUUAGGAAAAGACUAACGAUGGGAGUUGCCCACUAAUGACAUAUUAAACACAGAAUAGUGCUGUCAAAAUAUUUGGGAAUAGAUGGUUUAAGUACUGUGUAAUAUAUAUUCUAGUGUCAGUGUUACCGUGAAUUGUAUUCUGGAUGUAUUGGUAAUUAAAAAAAGGUAUUAAAGA